UUUCUCCCUCCCGCCAACCAACAUUUCUUCUACUUGUUGCCGUAUAGUGUCUCCGUUGAAUAUCCCCCCGUUCCUAUACCGCUUGCCUGUAAUAUAAUAAUGGCUGAUGCUCUGAAGGCGGAGGGCAACAAGGCCUUCGCAGCGAAGGACUUCGAUUUGGCCGUUGAAAAAUUCUCCGAGGCUAUCGCUAUUGAGCCGGAGAACCAUGUUUUGUAUUCCAACCGCUCUGGUGCUUAUGCCUCCCUCAAGAACUUCCAGAAGGCGCUUGAAGAUGCAAAUAAAACAACCGAGCUAAAAGCAGACUGGGUGAAGGGUUGGGGCCGGAAGGGAGCUGCGUUGCAUGGACUGGGUGAUCUGGUUGGCGCAAAUGAUGCAUAUGAGCAGGCGCUCAAAUUGGACCCUUCCAAUGCGCAAGCGAAAGCCGGGCUCGAAUCUGUCAAACGUGCAAUUGAUGCGGAAGCGAGAGCGGAUGGCCUGGGUGGGGACCCUUCCGGCGGCCUUGGAAGCAUGUUUAAUGACCCCCAACUUAUCACAAAACUUGCCUCGAAUCCCAAAACCUCCGCUCUGUUGGCCGAUCCGGAAUUCAUGGCAAAACUUCAACGACUAAAAAAUAAUCCGAGCAAUAUCGGAGAAGAGAUGAGAGAUCCAAGAUUCCUCCAGGUAAUGAGCGUAUUGCUUGGUAUCGACAUGUCGUUUGCUCCUCCACCAGAGGCUGGUGGUUCCGCUAAGGAACCAGAGGAGGAUAUCCAAAUGGCCGAUGCGCCACAACCUAAGAAAGCCCCCGAGCCUGAACCUGAACCUGAACCCGAGGACGAGGAAGCCAUUGCGAAGCGGAAGGCCAAGGAAGCCGGUGACAAGGAAAAGCAGCUUGGAACAGAAAGCUACAAGAAACGGCAAUUUGACGAUGCAAUUGAGCAUUACAGCAAAGCUUGGGAACUGAAUAAGGAUAUCACCUACCUUACUAAUAUUGGCGCUGCCAGAUUUGAGAAGGGUGACUAUCAAGGAGCAAUCGAAAUUUGCGAGAAGGCAAUCUUGGAGGGUAGAGAAAUGUUGGCGGAUUUUAAGAUCAUUGCGAAGGCAUUCGGAAGAAUUGGAACCUCUUACGAGAAGAUGGGAGAUCUUGCAAACGCUAUCGUGAAUUACCAGAAGUCUUUGACGGAACACCGUACGCCGGAUAUCUUGGCCAAGCUUCGAAACGCUGAGAAAGCUAAAAUCAAGGCUGAGAAAGAAUCCUACAUCAACCCCGAAGAGGCUGAGAAGGCAAGAGAGCUAGGUAAUCAAAAGUUCAAAGAGGCGGACUGGCCAGCUGCUGUUGAUGCUUACACUGAGAUGACGAAGCGGGCGCCUGAUGACCCACGGGGAUAUAGCAACCGUGCUGCAGCUUUGAUCAAGCUUAUGGCCCUCCCGGGAGCUGUUCAAGAUUGUGACGAAGCCAUUAAGAGAGACCCGAAAUUUAUUCGUGCAUAUUUGAGAAAAGCACAAGCUCUUUUUGCCAUGAAAGAAUAUAACAAAUGUAUGGACGUGUGUGCUGAAGCGACUGAACACGAUGAAACCGGCGCCCAUGCCCGUGAGAUCGACCAACAGCAACAAAAGGCGUUGGAGGCCCAGUUCAGCGCUCGUGCGGGUGAAACCGAAGAGCAAACUGCCGAGAGAAUUCAGCGUGAUCCUGAGAUUAUGUCCAUUCUUCAGGAUCCUGUUAUGCAGACUAUACUCCAACAAGCCAAGGGCGACCCGGCUGCGCUGCAGGAACACAUGAAGAAUCCAGGCGUCCGAAUGAAGAUUCAGAAACUGGUGGCCGCAGGCGUCAUCCGUGUUGGAAGAUAGAUAUGACAUGUUCCAUCUGCAACCCACGUUAGUAGUGGCUAGAUGCUCAUACAGAAUGUGACCGAUACGAGAUAUUUAUUAUUAAUGUUCUUUACGUUUUGUUUGCUUAACAUCUGAGCCGGAAGCCCAAAAUCUAACGAUCAGUGUAUCAUGCAACUGCUUACCCCUGAAAUUGGAGGUGGAAUGUAACGAGGUAGGUGAGCUGAUAACCAAAUCUUUUGAACUGUGCGACCUUUUAAUAUUUUCGUUUUACUUUUUGCAUCCUUGGAGCGUUCUCAUUUGAAGUUUUCAGUCGAUACCAUAGUAGUAGUCUCGAAAAAAAAUUAAUGGAAAUAAAUUUUUUUUAGUU